AUGGCGGCUACUGUAUCUGCUUGGUCCAAACCUGGUGCAUGGGCACUCGAUUCUGAGGAACACGAAGCCGAACUCCUUCAAAGCCACAACAACGUUGAAACCAAACCGCUCGCUGAAUUUCCUUCUCUCGCUGUUGCUGCCGCAACCAAGCCCAAAAAGAAGAAAGCCCAAACCCUAAGUUUGGCUGAGUUUACCGCCAAACCGGUUUCUUCUUUUACGCAUCAAGAUCCUGUGGUUCUUCCUACCGGUCCUCGUCAAAGGACCGCCGAGGAGAUUGAAAGUGAUAGGACUCGUCUCGGAGGAGGGUUUAGAUCUUAUGGGGACCGUCCCAAUCGGGGUUCUGGUGGAGAUGAGAGUUCUGUUUCGAGAUGGGGUUCGUCUAGGGUUUCUAGUGAAUUGAGGCGGAAUGAUUCGUUUGGUUCUAGGGAUUCCAGUCGGGAGACGGCACCGUCUAGAGCGGAUGAGAUUGAUAAUUGGGCGGCUGCGAAGAAGCCGGCGGUUGGGAAUGGGUUUGAGAGAAGGGAUAGGGAAAGAGGGGAGAGAGGUGGGUUUUUUGAUUCGCAGUCGCGUGCUGAUGAAUCUGAUAGUUGGGUUUCAAGUAAGAGUUUUACUCCGUCGUCGGAGGGGAGGAGAUUUGGCGGUGGUGGUGUUGGUGGAGGAUUUGAUAGGGAGAGGAAGGUAGGGUUUGGUACUAGCGGUGGUGCAGAUUCGGAUAAUUGGAAUAGGAAGAAAGGUGAAUUUAGUGUUGGAAGUGAAAGAACCGAGACGGUUGCUGUUGGAAGGCCAAGGCUUGUUUUGCAACCGCGUUCGCCGUCUGCGAGUAAUGAAAACCAGGAUGUUCCCGCUGCUGGUGCUGUUUCUGGGAUUGUGGCUAAGCCUAAGGGUGCAAAUCCAUUUGGUGAAGCUAGGCCAAGGGAGCAGGUUUUGGCAGAGAAAGGCCAGGAUUGGAAGAAGAUAGAUGAACAACUUGAGAGCAUGAAGAUUAAGGAGACAGCAGUGGAAGGGUUUGGAAAGAGGGGUUUUGGUUCUGGCAAUGGACGUGCGGAAGAUCGAUCUGAGAGGAGUUGGAGAAAAUCCUCACCAUCUGAUGAUGGUCGUUCAGAAAGUGCCGAGAAAGUGGAGGAAGAACACGUUGAAGAAAACUAA